AUGGAACUUAAAAAUAGCAAGAUAUCGCAGAAAGGAAACAGUCAGGAAGCCUUCGCUGCCAAGACCCAAACUAGCGCUCAAAGCUCAAAAAGUAUCAAGCUAACGUGGUGGUACGCUUUCCCUCACCACUCACUUCGUCGUGCUACAAACCGAGUUAAGCAGCACUCCUGGCCUCUUCCGGAAACCUUCUGUCAUUUUCAUCGAGUAUUCGUCGCACUUUUAGCGGCCCAAUGUGAAAAUACUUCGUCUACACUUCAACACUGUAGAGGAGCAUCAAACGCAAAUUUAUUGCAGCAACAACCAGCAAAGAAGAACAAUAACAAUGUCACAAUCACACACAAAAAUGUUUUGUAA